UCACCCCCCUACCUGACCAAGCCGGAGCUGGUCACACUCAUGGACUGGAAGCUCACCCAUGGAACCUUCCGGCCCAGCCUACGCGCUCUGAUCGCCCAGAACGCCCCCGAGGCCGUGGAGCGGACCACCCGCGAGGGGCUGGCGCUCUGGCCGGAUGUCAAGGCCAGCGUGAAGAAACUCUCCGAGCUGCGCGGCGUGGGACCCGCGACGGCGUCGUUGAUCUUAUCGGUCGGCGAGCCCGACGAGGCGCCGUUCUUCUCCGAUGAAGUCUUCUGCUGGGCGACCGCCGAGGAGGACAUGGGCGGCGUGGACUGGAGGAGGAAGAUCAAGUACUCGGUUGCGGAGUACCUGGAGGUUGUGGAGGCGGUCGGGAGGAUGAGGAGCAGGUUGGCGGGUGGUGGUGAGGAUGGUCUCGGGAAGGAAGGGGCAGGGAAGGAUGGGAGGGUAUCGGCCGUGCAGUGCGAGAAGGUGGCGUAUGUCCUAGGCAACGGCGGU